AUGUUCUGUGACACCAACUCGUCAAAGGUCAGCUCAAACGAGUUUUCCCCAGUAUUGCUCGUCAGCACUGUAGCGGUAGUCCUGGAUGUGGAUAGAAUCCUCCCCAAGCCUAACGAUGGUGGUGCUCUUUCUAUCAUAGUUUCAAUACCCAAGAUCACGCUUGUGGAAGAGCAUCCUGCUGGGACCGUCGAUCAACUCAUUGACUAUAAGACUCGGAGUGUCAAUAUCAAGGGCUCCCCUAACAGUGUGGAUGUUUCCAUAGUCACCCUGUCACCCUGUGGACCACAUUGGACAAGUGCUGAAGCCGCACGCAGGAGUUACAAUGCCUAUGACUGGGAUAUUGAUAAAGGUGACAACAACGGACCUGAUCGGAGUUGA